UGGCGCGAAGCCACUGCCGAGCAGUUUGUGUACAGGUGGAUAUUGGGUUUGAGGAGGAUUUUAUUGGGAUAAUUCGUCAGGUGGAGAUUGAUACAGAAUGGAUGAAGCAGUAGAAGCACGUCUCAAGGCUUACGUCAUCGACAGCAACGAUGCUCUCGAAUUCAAACUAGCGCGAAAAGAGGAGGAUGUGGAGGACGAUGAGACGUCCUUCUCACCCGAGAUGUCCCACCAGGUGUUUGGCGACAGUGAGACAAUAUUCGGAUACAAGGAUCUGAAAGUCAAGCUGUACUACUCCGCCGGCUGUCUCGAAACGUACCUCGGUAUGACGUACUCCGAGAAACUCCAGAAGGGAGUGUACGAAGGGGUUGAGCCUGACGAGGUCCUCUCCAAGAUGACUGAAAAACUGCCGCCCAAUGUUCAUGAUAAGUUGGAUUCUUUCAUCAAAUCACUCGCUAAGGAUGACAAUUUCAGACCAGCUGGCGAAUUAUUGCACUCUUUUUCAGUUAAUGAUAACGACGAAGUUCGUCAUUUCGAGGUCUACAAAGCUGACAUGACGUGCAAAGACUUCAAAGAAUACCACGAUCGUCUCCAAACAUUCAUACUGUGGUACAUCGAUGCAGCCAGCUUCAUUGAUGUAGACGACGAUCAAUGGCAUUAUUUCAACAUGUACGAAAAAUACACAUCAACAUCAGGUACCCCUCGUUACGCAACAAUAGGAUUCGCCACAGUGUACCAAUACUACGCCUAUCCCCACCACACUAGGCCUCGAAUUGCCCAAGUCCUGAUUCUCCCCCCCUUCCAGAAAAUGGGGCUCUGUGCCCACUUACUGAAGGCCAUCUAUCGUCAGUACAUUGGGAGAAAUGAAGUCAAAGACAUCACCGUCGAGGACCCAGCAGUCUCUUUUCAACGUGUACGUGACUACGUGGACGCCACGAACUGCAUGACCCUCCCCAGCUUCAGUCGAGAGCUCCUGUUGCAGAGCUUCAACAAGGAAAUGGCUAACGAAGCCAGGGAGAAGUUCAAGAUCAACAAGAGGCAGGCGAGACGUGUUUACGAGAUUCUGAGACUGAAAAUGACUGAUCUAUCGAAUGAACAGGAGUACAGGGAGUACAGGCUUGCUGUCAAGAGGCGUCUCAAUAUUCCUUACAAGAGAGAACUUCAUGACUUGAGGAAACUGGAGUCUGCACUCAGGAACUUGGACAAGAAGGGGAGUGUGGCCAUUCCACCUGCGGAGCAACGAAUUCAGACACUUGAGAAGGAGUAUCGUGCUCUUGAGGAGGAUUACAAGAGAGUCAUACGACGACUCGAGGAGGCCUCGGAACAAUGAGCUGGAGAAACUGCUAGUUUUGUAUUUUUUGCGUGAUACAGUUCUUGAUACAUUCGUACUGUUAAUUGAUUGAAAAGUGUUCGAUGGAAUUAAUCCAUGAGUGAAAAAAAUUAGUGGAAAAACCUGACAUUUUCUCUAAGAAAUUCCGUUGGAUUUGCAUUUGUCUUUCAUAAGAAAGUCCUGUGGAAAAAUUGCUAACAGAAUACGUUAUGCAGGUAAGAGAAUAUCCAGUAAAGAACACGAAGCAAAGUUGCACUAUUUUAAUAGAAUUGGCGCAAACACAAAUAAUUAUUUGAUAGAAUUCUUAUAGAGCUCCCAUAGGAUUUCUUGGGAAAAAUGUUGGAUUUUUCAACAGAAUUUUUUCAUAUUUGUUUCGGUCGUUAUUGACUGGAUUCACGAGGAAAUGUCAAAAUAAUUUUUUGAAGGACAGGAAAUUUCGAAUAAAAAGAAAUUUCUGAUGUUUCCCUUUAAACUCACUGGAUUAGCGAUAUAAUUCAAUAAUUGAUAAAGAUUUUCUUCUACGAGUUGAAAAUGUUUGUUAAUUACAGAAUUAUCCAGUUAAUUAAUUGAAAAUGUCACGAGUUUUUUUGUUAUUGCCGAAGUAUCUUUAAAAAAUGGCUCGUAAACCCGCAAAUUGAAGAGAAUCUUAUAAAUGCUCGAAAUAUUAUGUUUCUACGAAAAAAUAAGAACUUUAAUCAUGGAAGUUGUCAAAAAAUGUCUCCUGAUGUUUUCAAUUAGUAAUAAAAUGUGGAAAAUGAACUCAUUAGGGUUGACAACACCACUGCUGAUUAUUUUCUCUCCAAUGCUCAUUUAUAAUUUUCUGGAAAAGUUGUGAUGAGCGUUAUUCCCUUUUUUCUAUUAUUUUAUUAUAUUUUUUCAUUUUUUUUUAAGUUUGGUGUUGAGUUUGAAUGCUGAGCGUAGCUUGUGAAUAACAAUCGUUACUGUACAGCAGUUAAUAAAGAUGAAUGAUUUUGCACGUA